AUGUCCACUUCUCAAGGCCGUAAGCGUUCAAGACUCGCCUGUGAAACAUGCCGGGAUUUAAAACGGAAAUGCGACGGCGCCCAGCCCUGCGGAGCCUGUGUCCGCUUUGAGUACGAGUGCACCUACAAGACAUCUUCCAACAAGAAGAGGAAGGCCCAUGAGGCUUCUCUUCUUCCUUCACCUCCUGUUCACACUGAGAAAGACUCUAGACCUUCUAGGAGUGAUCAUGCUACAUCACCAAGACAUUUACAGUCGCUGGAGGCGAAUUCUGGGGCUGCAUUUCUUAGAAGGUUGGCGUUGAGGUUGGACCCCAAGAAUGCGCCCAGGAUGCACACCUUUUCUUGGAAUGCCUUUCUUGGAGCGCGGAAGUCUUCCCAUGUUCCUGUUUCGCGACCAAUUACAGAUCUACUAUCCAAAGAAGACAUGGAGAGUCUGAGUGCCGUUUACUUUCAAAAGAUGGACCCAAUUUAUGGGUUCGUUGAUCGGAACGAUAUCUCGCAGACCAUCCAAGGCAGGUGGUCCGGAUAUAUAUACGAUCAGUCUCAAGAUUCUAUCCUCUGCGGCAUAGCGGCUAUCGGGUGCUUGUUCUCACAAGUUGAGCCUCCACCAGUGGAACUUGACUUGAUAGAAACAGCACGUUUUAUCCUUGAGCAGAAGAUGUCUGAUGACCCGUCGGCUGCUAGUGUCACUGGCUGGCUUCUUCGGGUUGUAUACCUGAGAAUAGCAGGAACGCCACAUACAGCAUGGAUGGCGAGUUCAAUCCUUAUGCACAUGCUGGAAGCAGCAGGCCUGCAUUGUGAACCAUCCCAAGAAUCAGUCCUUCCAGUAACAGAAGAAAAGGUCGAUGCCGAGCUUCGGAGACGACUCUUCGCUGUCGCUGAGCACCUUAACAUUUGGAUUUCAUUUGACAUGGGCCGGUCUAGAACCAUCCUAUGUAAUUCAACACUAGAGAUGCCGUGUUCGAGAGAAGGAGACUAUACCCAUGAACUCAUGGAAUUGCUCCCAUACUCAACAGACCUUGAUCCAAAUAAGACUCAAGACGUUUCCGAGCUUGAGGCCUCGCUGUCAACUGUCUUAAGCCGAACUCAUUCUGUUCCGCCAUCGAUUAUGGCGCAGACCAAUCUCUCUUUAUGUCUCUGUCGUCGACUCCAGUCGAUGAACACGACGUUCUCAGGAAAGAUUCUCGACCAGAUCCUUUCUAUCACAAAAACAGGCAUUGAAGCAGCUCAAGCUAUUCUAGAUGCACGCUCGCCGUGGCAUCACAUGGCCAACGUGCCGUUUCAGAUUAUCUGUGUUCUACUAGCCAUUGAUACAGGUGAAUCAAUCGCUCAGCUCAAGGAUGCCAUGCAAUGUCUUAGCAACGUUGCUACUGUGUAUAACACGAAUGCUACGAAAGAGGCUCUCAACACAGCUUCUUUGCUUACACUGAUGCAACAGCGGCGCAAGGAGAAGUGUGCAUCGACCUUGAGUGAUGUGCUGAAAACCUUUCCUAUAGUUUCCCUUCCAGAGACGCGAGAUGAGACUCCCGUUGCGGAGAUGGAUGAUAUGAGAUGGCUGAAUAACUUGGUUGGAGAUCUUUCCAGUUUCGACUAUGCUGAUUUGGAUCGAUUUCUCUUUCCGAACAUGUUUUAA